AUGACUGUAGAUAUCAACAGCACACCGAACAGGGAGGACGUCGCCGACGCCUCCGCCGCUGCAUCCGCCGCUCUGGCGGCAGCAGACGCCGCCGAGGCAGCAGCAGACUCGGGCGCAGCCUCCGAGACGGCGACCGAAGACUUGAAGCAGAGGUCGAAGCAGGACGCUGCGGCAGCUGCCCCAGCUGCACAAGAAGAAGCCGGCGAAGACUCCAACGGCAAUGACCACGCGGACGACAGCCCGGACGACAGCCCGGACAACGACGAGUACACCGAGGAGAGACAGGACAUCAUCCCCGACAGAAUAUUCGUCGGCAACCUCCCCUACGAGGUCACCGAGAACGACGUCAGAAACUUGACCCCUGAGUUCGAGGUGGUGUCUGUCGAGAUCCCAAGGAAGAACUUCUUCAACAGGUCUCUCAACAAAAUAGUCCUCCAAUCAAAGGGCUACGGCUUCAUCACCUACACAAACGCAGAGGACGCCAAAAACGCAAUUGACUCCAUCGUCGGCAAAUCGAUAUCCGGCAGAGAAAUCUACGCCAAGUACGCCUUGCCCCAGAACAAAAACAGGUUCAGAAACCUGAACAACAACAACCAGAAUCAGUUCCCAGGCAACUUCAAAAAGGGCUUCUACGGAAUGCCAAACAACUACAACCCGCAUUUCAACCUUAGAAACGGUGGCGCCCCUCCAAACUUCUACUACCCUCCUCCUCCUCCUCCUGCAAACGGAAGCUUCUACGCUGCUCCACCCCCACCUCCUCAGUCCAUACAAAGUGCCAAUGGCAACUCUCCUUCUUACUUCAAGCCUAACCCACAAGCUGCCGCUUUCUUCCCUAACUUGAACAACAGAAACAUCAAGCCAUUCUAUCCAACCCCCAUCCCACUCAAUGGACAGCCCCAACCACAGUCGCAGCAGCAGUCGCAACAACAGCAGCAACAGCAACACACUCUACAGCAACAGCAGCAACAACAGCAGUUGCGUGGAUUCAAUCCUCACUACCCUCGGUCAAAGGAGGAGAAGCAGAGGAAGUUGGAGAAAGGUGUCCCUUCCACAACAACAAUCUUCGUCGGGAACUUGGAUAGAAAUGUCACUGUAGAUGACCUACGUGACUUCAUGAAGGAGCUGAGCCCCCAAUGGGUCAAGGUUCCUCGCAAAACCUUGCCUAACGAUGUCUACAAGAUGCUAAAGGCCAACGGCGUGCAGAUCCAGAAUAAGGGUAUAGCCUUUGUCAGAUUCGAUAACGAAGAAAACCAAAAGCAAGCCAUCGAGUCGUUCAAUGGCAAAGAUUGGAACGGCAAGAAGUUGAACGUGACCGUCGCCAUUAACUCCAACGACGAAGGCAGCACCACGGCUACUUCUGCCACCGCCGCCACCACCAGUAACGAUAACGAUAAUGACAACGAGGCUGUAGAAGGUCAAGACCAGGACCAAGACCAAGACCAAGACCAGGCCGAGGCGGAAGCUGAGGAUGGAGGAAAACUAGGCGACUCCCAAUCAGUUGAUAUCGAGAUCGAAGGCGAACCCUCUCAAGUAGAAGAGGCAGCCAGCGAGAUAGUUGAAACCGUUGUGGAGGAGGCAGAGGACGACGACGACGACGUGGAAAUCGAGGUCGCUGUAUCCGAACCCGUAGCCCAGUAG